UCUUAAUUCUUAUCAGUGCGACAGUGUCCAUUCCGCUUUCAUAUUUGUGAUUUUGGUCCGCCGCGAUUUUCUACAUUCGUGUCGUAAAUGUAAUAUAUUUUUUUUUCGUCCGCGGAUCGGGAUUGUUGUUGUCGUUUUCCAUCCUGUGCGCUACCACCCGUCGUCGUGUCUUGCAACGAUAGUAUUAUUUUCUAUCCGUCAUACGCCGGACAUUAACGAUAAUCGCGAUUCGCGGGCGCUUCUCUGUGAGUCGGGCCGACGGAAUUCGCUGUGCCGUGAUGUAAUCGCGACGGCAAUCGAACGAGAUUCACACUACAGAAACGUCGCGGCAAUUUCAUACAGACAACAAUAAUUAUAAUCGUCCAAUAUCGCCCGUUUUCCAAUCAUGUGCUCAAAACCGUCGCUACUGCUGUUACUAUGGAGUGGCGCAAUGUUAACGUUGGUGCUUCCUGUAUUCUGUGAAUCUAACUUUAAUCCGGCCAAAGUCCGGGUCACGGAACCCACCGACUCUGGUGGUGUUAAUGAUUCGUGUAAUGAUGAUAUUGCAUGUUUGACAAUGGCUACUCAAGACAGGUUGGGUUUAGAUGCAAUUCGAUCUUUACAUCGACAACUAGAUGAUGAUGCAGAUGGUGCUAUUGAUCUUUCAGAAUCUGAUGAUUUUCUUCGGGAAGAAUUAAAAUACGAAAAAGGCGCGGAAAAACGUCAAAAGGCAUUUCAUCAAAAUGAUGAUAUGUAUAUAUCUGUUAAAGACUUGUGGGAUGCUUGGGUAAAGUCUGAAGUACACAAUUGGACUGUCGAGCAAACUUGUGAUUGGCUUUCUACUUCAGUGGAACUACCCCAAUAUGUUCCUAAUUUUAUACAACAUAGAGUGACCGGAGCACAUCUCCCUAGACUGGCUGUUACUAAUAAUAUGCAAAUAUUGACAAAUGUACUCGGAAUCAAGGAUCCAAUUCAUAAGCAAAAGAUUGCAUUGAAAGCUAUGGAUGUAGUUCUAUUUGGACCCCCUAAAGAUUCAGUCACACAUUUGAAAGAUUUAGUUUUAAUAACAUUAUUGCUGGGAGCAUUAAUUGGCUUUUGGUAUGUUUACAACCAAAAUAAAAGUUCAACACUACAUUUAAAACGUAUGAUGAGAGAUAUGGAAGGUUUGCAAAAAGCUGAAACAGCUUAUGAAGAUCUACAGAAAGAACUAGAAAAAGCAAAACAAGUACAAGAGUUUGUUAUUACUGAAAAAGCAAAUUUAGAAAAACAAUUACAAGAACAACAAAUUAAAGAUGAAAAUUCAUCAGUACUGAAAUCGUCUUAUUCUAAUUUGGAAAUUUCCCAGCUCAAAACUGAAAUUGAAUCAUUAAGAGGAGAGUUGGCAAGAGCAGAAGGUGAAUUAGAUGACCGUUGUUGGACACCUCCUCAUGGAUUGCAGCAAUGGUUACAACUUACACAUGAAGUUGAAAAUAAAUCUUAUAUUAAAAAGAAAAUAAGUGCUGAGAAACAAUUACAACAAGCAAGAGAAGCGUGUGAAAAAUUACGUAAAAAAAGAUCCAGUUUAGUGGGUGCAUUUGUUUCAACUCAUGGAAAAUCAAUUGAUGAUGUUGACCGCAGCAUUGUUGAAGCAAGAACAUCGUUAAAUGAAGUUACUCAAGAACUCGCUGAGAGGGUGCAUCGAUGGAAGCAAAUUGAAACAUUAUGCGGGUUCAAUAUAAUAAAUAAUAAUGGUCUGUCACAUUUAGAGAACAUGUUAUAUAGAAAUGUAGUAAAUGGGCGAAACUUCUCACUGCGAGGGCGCAUGAGUAGCCAGGAUGACCUUGAAGAUGAUUCUAGCCAGUAUUCAGUUUGCGUAGGUCCAGGGACGUCGUAUCAAGACCUUGGUGCUUGUGAAAAUUCCGGACAAUGGCGGGACAACGGCCAGGAUUCUUCAGGGAGCGAUCAAUUAGAAUGCGUGGACGAAGAGCAACAAACCCGUUCCUUGGAUACAAAACCUUGUUUCAUACUCGGCGAAGACAUUUGUGAUCUAAAACAACCACAACAAUCUAUUCAAACAUCAGAUUCAACGUCGAAAUCGCACAAUAUUGAUAGCAACCAAUUGACAUCUGAGCAAGUUGUCGUUCCUGGUACGUUCCGCCAUUCAAAUUCGGAUUCUAGUUUGGAUCCAAAAUAUCGAAAGAUAUCAAAAGUAUCUAGCCGUUCAGAUAUUGUAUUAGUAUCUCCAACACCUAGUGAAGUGUCUGUAAAACGUAUUAAACGACACAAAUUAUUUCCAAUUUUUUUAUCUGCCAAAAGUAAAGCAGCUAAAUCCUAUCAAAACUCAGAAAACACUAAUGUAAAUAAUGAUAAGGCGAUAAAGUCAUCAAAACAAAAAUCAUAAUUCUGCUCAUUCCUCUUUAUCUGUUGCUUGUAUAUAAUAAUGAUUGUGAUAAACAUGAUUUAAGAAUGUUGAAAAAUAAGUGAUUUAUUAUUUAUAAUUGUAAUAUAUUAUAUGUAUUUAUGUAUCUAAUUUUAGAUUGAAUUAUACACAAACGUAAUUCCAGUUAUUGUUUUAAUAAUGUUAUAAUGUACCUAUGUAAAUUAAUUAUUUAUUUUAAUUAUUACAUUUUAUAGAAGGUGCCUUAAAAGUACUUAGAGCUGUUAAAUGGUACUUAAUUUAUAAAGACAAGGAAAUCUAUAUAAUUUUUUUAUCAACCCUUUUGAUGUGAUUGUUGAACUCAAGAACAUUAUUUAUAGGACUGAACAAUGUAAAAACUAUAUUAGACAAUUAUCUGCAAUAAUAAAUGUAAUAAUAUUAUUUUUAAUAAGUGUUUACAUUUUCAAGUAAACACAAGUUAUUUAAAGACAUUGUUUUUAUUAUUAAGUUGCUAAUCUUAAGUUAAUGUUAAUUUCCAUCCAUAAUCGUGUAGAAUUAUACUUUGUUGAUUGUUAAAAUGUAUACCAAAAUAUAUAAUUAGUCAUUUUUUUCAAUUUAGAUUAUGAUUAGAACUUAGAAGUUCUAAAAUCCUUAUAAUACUAAAAUGUUUUAAAUUGUAUUUAUGAAAGGUUCUGGACAACAUUGAAUAACUAUAGGUACAUUUUUAACAACCAAUGUAGGAAAAUGCAAGUUAACUAUUUGAUAUAAGAUAAUAACUUAUUGUAACCUUUAAAAUUAUUUAAGUAUCAACUUAUCAGUUAAUACAAUAUAUUAAAUAUUCCAUAAUACUUGAAAAAAUACAUCAUCCAAGAUAAUAUAAUUACAUUUUAAAUUUUACUACUUCUUUACCCAUAUUUUAUACAUUUAUUCAUGAUCAUGUAGGAAUAUUACACAAUUUAAUUAUUUAUGAAUAUUAUCAUAAUAUUUUAGUGUAAAGAAAUACAAUAAAAUUUAAUUUAAAAUAUGUAUUAUUUACUCAUAGUCUUAAUUUUUUUAACAUAUACGAAUAAAUGUUUUUAAAGAUCGUAAAAAAAAAAAAAAAAUGGUGCAGUGUAAAUUGUUUUGUUUUUAAAUUUUAUUUAUUAUACAUAGUUUGUAUUUUUUUUUCUAUAUUUCCUAAUAAUUUGUUAUAAGAUAGAAAUAAAAGUUUUUAUAGCACAUCAUUGAAGUGGUAGUUAUUUAAUGGUUUUAAGUUGUAUUUAAACGUAUAAUUUUACAAUUAUGACAUG